GAGGACCACACGCAGCAUCCUGCCUGCUUCUGUGUGCAGACGAGCGUCAAAGAAAUGGAGCGUUUAUUACUUCUGUUGAUGUCGGUUUCCGGCAGCCUGGGCUUUGGGAAUUACAGCCACCUGGGGGCCGGGACCAGCAUGGCCGUGUGCCAGCCAGACACCUGCGCGCUGCUCAGCGCUGUGGCAGCCAUGGGGGAGAAGAUGGAAGCCGUGACGCAGACGCAGGCCACGCUGGAGCUGAACCUGGGCGCCCAGAUGCAGAAGAUGGCCACCGUGGAAGCCAGCUUGCAGUUCUACAAGAGCCAGGCCCAGGCCCUCGAGAAGAUCAACCAGGCUCAGGACGCGCAGCUGAAGUCCCUGCUGGCAGUCUCGUCUUUGAGCUCGACGCAGAUGGCUUUCUCCGCCGCUCUGGGCACCUCGAUCGGUCCCUUCGGGCAGGACACGCCGGUCAAGUACCAACGGAUCCUCUCCAACAUCGGCAGCGGCUAUAACCCGGCCACCGGCAUCUUCACCGCCAUGGCCCGGGGGAUGUACUACUUCAGCUACACCAUGUACAACAACGACGGCGGACAGCCCAACUCGGUGGUGUCCCUGAUGAUGAACAGCCAGAAGAUGGUGUCGACGUGGGGCACCGUGGCCAAGGACACCCAGGACAGCGCCACCAACGCGGCGGUGGUGCAGCUGGAGGCGGGCGACAGCGUGUACGUGCAGCUCUACGCCAACAGGGCGGUCUUCGACGACAGCUAUUACUACAACACCUUCAGCGGCUUCCUGCUGUUCACCUUGUCGUGAGCCGGACGGAGCCGGAGUUUAAAUUAUGCCGCAGCAUUGGUGGUGGAUCUCAUGUAAAAUGGCAAUUAUUUAAGAUUUUGAUGAUUUGAAUUACAAUAAAGAAAUUAAAAAAAACA